AUGGGGCGGCUGUGGGGGCUGCUGGUGCUGCUGUGCGGGGCGGCGGCGGCCCCGGCCCCGGCCGCCCCCGCGGUGCCUCCGCUGUUGUGUAACGUGAGCCUGGACAGCCCCCCCGAAGAGCGCUGGCUGCCGGUGCUGCGGCGCUUCGAUGCCGCCUUCCUGCGCGCCGCUGUCGCACGGGUCAUCGAUGAAAGUGUACCAGAAUGGGUCCACGAGGUCAUUCGGCCCAUAGCAGCAGAACUGGAGCUCUUUAUUCCACAGCCCUUCGCGGGGGAAAUCCUGGGAAUCUGCAGAGCCCUGGGAAUAAGUCUUGGAGAUGGAGUCCUGCUCAACUUCGCCUAUGAGUCGACUGCGUUCUGUACCAGCAUUGUUGCUCAGGAUGCCAAAGGAAACAUUUACCACGGUAGGAACCUGGAUUAUGACUUUGUGGACAUCUUGAGCAAGAUUACAGUUGAUGUGAGGUUCCUCAAAAAUGGGCAGGUGGCAUACCAGGGCACCACCUUUCUUGGUUACGUAGGCCUAUGGACUGGCCAAAGCCCACACAAGUUCACAAUCUCUGGUGAUGAACGAGCUGCUGGGAGAUGGUGGGAGAACGCAGUAGCUGCUUUCCUGAACCGGAACUACCCUGUCAGCUGGCUUGUCAGAGAUACCCUGAGCAAAGCAGAGGACUUUCAGUCAGCUGUUCUCAGACUAGCUGGCGUUCCCAUCAUUGCUGAAGUUUACUAUAUUGUAGGAGGUGUGUCCCCCAAAGAAGGCAUGGUCAUCACCAGGAACAGAAGAGGCCCAGCAGAUCUCUGGCCUCUUGACCCUUUAGGUGGAGCAUGGUUUCGUGUGGAGACAAACUACGACCAUUGGACCACUCCUCCUCCUUUUGAUGAUCGAAGAACUCCAGCCAUCAAAGCCCUCAAUGCCACUGGGCAGCAGAACAUCAAUUUUGAAACACUGUUUAAGGUGCUGUCAGUGAAGCCAGUCUUAAACAAUAACACAGUGUACACCACAGUCAUGAGCGCUGCACACCCAGACCGCUACCAGACGUGGAUCAGGACUCGGAAGUGAGGCUCAGACAAGAGGAGGGAAAAGCUGAAGCUUCCCAACACUGGCACAUGGGUUUUAAGUCACUCUCACGAGGAGCAGUUGGUCUGGCUUAUUAAUGCUGUGAACUGUUGAGGAAAUACUGGCUUGCUGAGUCUUUGGAAUGCUGCAGACCAUGCUGUUAAUUAACUGCAGUGGAAGCUGGGUGGGUUGGAUUGCAGUGAAACUGAUGGUUUAGCAGAUGCUGAUGGCUAAAAAUGGCUUUCAUUAUUUUUAUUAGUUGCACUAAUUGGGCAACUUGGAUGUCUUUAUGUGCUGAUUAAUAAACUCACAUCUCUUGUACGUGGCCUGCAGCUCUGGUUCUAAUGAGGUAAAAAUGUGCAGCUGAUGGCUUGCUGGGUGUUACUCCUGAUAGCAUCCUGCUCUUCCUUGCUCUGUGAGGGGCAGAUGCAGCAGUUAGCUGCAUGCUCAGCUGUAGACAGUGCUGGGUUUAUUCAUCAGGAGCUGGUGUAAGAGGUAGUGGAGCCUCCAUCCCUGGAGACAUUCAAAACCAUCCUGGAUGUGUUGCUGUGUGACCUUGUCUAGUGGACCCUGCUCUGGCAAGGGGUUUGGAUGAUCUCCAGGGGUCCUUUCUAAUCCCUGCCACACUGUGAUUCCUGCUAACAGCCCUGAGAAUGUUGGGGGAGAGAAGGUGUGAUCAGUGUUAGGUCAGAGGUGGGUGCAGUGCCACCUGCACUAUUUGCAGACGGGUUCUGCACGUGGUUCCUGAGAGCCUUCUGUGCUGUGGGGCCUUUACCUCCUGGUGCUGGGUCUGGCUGACCUACUUACCUGCAUCCUCUACUUCUGCCUGGAUAAAGGCACUGCAGGCUUUGCCUUGACCCAGUUUAUACCAUUAUGUCAGCAGUCUUACGCCAGAAUGAUGCAUUUGAAACCCAGAGCUCCUGGAGGAAGAUGUGAAUA